AUGUCUCCUAAAGUGGAUAAACAGAAGCGUAGGAGAAACACUCUAAAAUUGAGUGAGAAACUUGAAAUCAUCAAAAAACUUGAAUCAGGGGUUAGUGUUUCUGUUCUAAUGGAAACAUAUGACAUUGGAAAGUCUACCAUUUAUGAUAUAAAAAAUGCCAAAAAUAAAAUUCUACAGUUUACAGCCUCAUCUGAGCCUUACAACAAAAUUGCAGAAAGAAAAAGUUUACAUAAGCCAUAACAUAAGUUAGAAAAUCUUGAUAAGGUUUUGCAUGAAUGGUUUUUGAUUAAACGAUCAGAAGGUAUGGCAAUUUCUGGGCCAAUGCUUAUCACCAAAGCAAAAUCUUUUAAGGAGCAAAUGAACAUUGAUUCUGAAUGUAACUUUAGCAGUUGGUGGCUUAGGAAUUUUAAAAUGCGUCAUGGUAUUAGACGGCUAAAUGUUGUUGGAGAAAGGCAGUCAGCUGAUACACAUGCUGCAGCAGAUUAUAGUGCAACAUUUGAAAAAAUUGUCAUUGACUAUGAUCUCACACCUGAUCAAAUUUACAAUGCAGAUGAAACAGGUGUUUUCUGGAAAUGUCUGCCCACUAAAACUCUGGCUGGAAACCAAGAACGAAAUCCUAAAGGUUUUAAGAUGAAUAAAGAAAGACUUACUGUCCUCACCUGUGCUAAUGCUUCUGGACAGCAUAAAAUCAAGCUUCUGGUGAUUGGCAAAUAUAAGCGCCCAAGGGCAUUUAAAGGAGUUUUGUACCUCCCUGUGACUUAUAAAGCUCAAAAAAAUGCUUGGAUGGACAAAGACAUUUUUCAAGAUUGGUUUGUUAAUGAUUUUAUUCCAUCAGUCCGCCAGAACCUAACAAAUUUGGGAAAACCUGCUAACACAAAGUGCUUGCUGCUUCUUGACAACUGUAGGGCUCACCCCCAUGAAUCAAAAUUAGUGUCUGAUUGUGGAAAUAUUUUUGCAUCUUACUUGCCACCAAAUGUUACAUCACUAAUUCAGCCCAUGGACCAAUGA